CAGGAAGACGGCUCAAGAAUUGCAAUUUCAUAAAUUCAAUGUGGGGUUCCGUUUUUCUCAUCAAGUAGUCAUUGUCCUUAACGCCUUACGUUAACGGGUAGCAUCAGCCUCAUCAGCGGACGACUUCAAGGGGAAGCUGAACAUUCUCUGGAAAACAGGCUGCAAGUAUCAAAAUCGGUCCACCAACCUACAAAUCUUAUUACUGACGACUGAAGCUUGAACGCGGAAAGUUUGUCCGUGAUGUUUACGGCGAUUUUCCGUUCUGCUAUUAAGUCUAGGGCUACAUAGUUUUAUCCUCCAAGUCUUUCAGAUAUGUUACGUGCAGUGUCCGUGGACUUCCCUGCCACGUGGGGAUCACUAAAAGAUGUAGUAUAUAAGCUUCUUCGGUGCGAUUUUGUUGACAGGGAUUUGUGGAAUUCUAGUUUCGGCUAUGUGUAUAGCUUAUGUACUUCAAGUCCGGUUUCUCAUGCAUCUACUUUGUAUAAAUCUACUACAACACUCAUUAGCGAGAGGGUAGAAGAAAUAGCAUCAGAGUUAGAGGUCAUGAGUGACUCUGAUUUACUUCCUAGAUAUGUCAAGUUUUGGGAGUCAUAUCAUCGCGGACUUACAUAUCUAGAUAUCCUUUAUAGAUAUAUGAAUACGCAGCACGUAAAGAAUUUAAGGCCAUCAGAAGCCGAUAUGUGCUAUGGGGCGGCACUUCCUAUGGCAGAUCAGCAUACUAUGGAAAUUCUGGAGGUCGGCCUUGCUUUCUGGAGACUAUAUCUAAUCGAUUGUAUGAAAAGUCGAUUGUCCUCUUGCUUGAUGCGCGAAGUUCUCAACGACAGAUUGGGAAUUUGUGGACAACAGAAUUGCAUACAUCCAUGUUUGGCUUCCCUUUUAAGAGUUGGAGAAGUAAGGGAUUUUGAAAGAACUACUUCUCCAUUAUCUUGGUCCAAUGCACUAGUGGCGCUAAUACUUCUGUUCUCCCAUUACUUAAAAGGCUGGAAUGGAAAUAUACAACCAAAUAUUUCAGAACCCUCUGAUUGACGCUACGCGGUCAUUUUACUCGCAAUGGGCAUGUCAACGGGAGUCGGAAUUAGGAUGUGCUCAGUAUGUGACUGAGGCACUAGCUUUGCGGACAGAAGAACAUAAUCGGGCUAUACAAUAUUAUAAAUGUUCACUGCUACCAAUGCAAAAUUUGUUUCAAGAAAUAAUUGUUGAACAGCGUUUAAAUUUCCUUAAUAUGAACGUUCGCUAUGUUAUUGCUGAAGAGGAUAAAUCAAAUUUAAGAAAUCUUUUUCGGUUGCUAUCUCCGAAUAAUCUUUGUAACGAACUGUUACAUUGUUUUGGCGAAUAUGUUCGAACCAGUAUUUUAGAAGCUAUUUCCAACCUUCCAAAAGACUCUUCACUAACACAGGUUCAUUUUGCUGAGAGUCUCUUAAAUCUCCGAAGUAGAUUUUUGGAGUAUAUUGAUGAUGUUUUUGAUGGGAAAACUGGUUUCCGUAAUCAAAUGGAUAAAGCCUUUAAUUUGGCUGUGAAUAGUCGUGUACCUUCUUCAAGUAUUCUAGCCACAACAUCUAAGUUACAUGAAUCAAUGUGUUCUCAAAAGGUACAAUAUAUCUGACAGUCAUAUAGUAUUUAUCUAUUGAAUAAAUCUUAUAAAUUUUAAUUACUACUUGCUUCAAAUGGUUUAGAAUUUUUAUCAAUUAUUGGAUACAUUUGCAGACAAACUAAUUACAGGCCAUCUGAAUUGUUAUGUCGAUACAUGGAUUCCUUAUUACGUAAAUCUGUCAAAACUAUGACUGUUUCAGAAAUUGAAACUAAGCUGAUAGCGUCAAUUGCUAUUUUCAAGUAUAUUGAUGAUAAAGAUCUUUUCCAAAAGUAUUAUCAACGUAUGCUGUGCAAAAGACUGGUGUUCAAUUAUUCUUCCAUGCUUGAACUUGAAGAAUCUAUGAUUAAUCAGCUAAAAACUGUUUGUGGAUAUGAAUUUACUUCAAAAUUUCAGCGUAUGUUUAAUGAUGUUCAACUUAGUCCUGAGUUAAAUCGGAAGUUUAAUGAGUACUUACAAUCAAAAGAUAUACGUUUUACCUUUGGUCAUCAUUUUCAUGUUUUAACGCAAUGUUCGUGGCCAAUUUCACUUAGUGGUGUUACUGAUUUUUUACUCCCACUCGAAUUGUAUACAUGUACUUACCAUUUUGAAGAAUUCUAUACAGCCGCUCAUCAAGGAAGAAAAAUGAGAUGGGCACAUAGUUAUUCAACAGUAGAACUCCAAGUGCUUUUCACUGAUAAGACUUAUCAAAUACAAGCGCCUGCUAUUAAUGCUGCUAUCCUACUAUUUUUUGAUCAUAUGGACUCAGAUCGUAUCAAAGUGAAAGAUCUGCAUUUCGGGUUACAACUAGCGGUAUCUGAAGGUCGACCAACUAUAAGUAGUGAAAAUAACUCUACAUCUAAACGAAGUGUUCCAACCACUGACUCUUCAAUUACUAGUAAAAUGGAAACUUGUUCACAAGAUGUGUUGGAUUCUUCAUGUGAACUGGAUCUUAUUCAACGACUUUUGACACCACUAAUUGAAUUGAACAUAAUAUAUGUUGAAGCAACUGAAGGGCAAAGUAGUAAUUCAUCGGGUAACAUCGUGACAAUGGAUAGCGUUAUAGCCCUAAACCGUUCGUUUACAAGCAAACGUCUAAAGCUAAGGGUGAAUUUCGGCUCUCAAGGAAAAGAAUCAAACCAGUCGGAAGCUGAUCAGGUUGAUCGUCAAGUGAACGAGGAUCGGCGCUACUUCAUACAAGCUGCUAUUGUGCGAAUUUUAAAAGCUCGAAGACAGAUAAAGCAUGCACAGCUUAUUGAAACUAUUUUACAGCAAGCAUCUAACCGCUUCCAACCACCGAUACCACUAAUCAAGCGUUGCAUUGAAGGUCUAAUAGAUACUGGCUAUCUUGAACGAAAUCCAGAUGAUCCUGAUCAAUACAGUUAUCUUGCAUAAUUCCAAGUGCUUUCUUUUUAAUAAAUUACAAAUUUAUUGGGAUGCUG